CUCGCGCCCUCUGACGGAAAGGAAGGGGCCGGCGCUGGGCUGCCGCAACGCGCAUGCUCGCCGCGGGCGCCAUUUUGGACGGGCCGGAGACCGACUACCGACCGACCCGCCGCCGGAGCAGCAACGGCAGCGGCGGCGGAGGAGCUGGGCCCGGCUCGGAGGAGGCGACGGGGGCCUGGGUUUGGGCGGGCCCCGCGGUGGAGAUGGCCAACAUCGCGGUGCAGAGGAUCAAGCGGGAGUUCAAGGAGGUGUUGAAGAGCGAGGAGACAAGCAAAAAUCAGAUUAAAGUAGAUCUUGUAGAUGAAAAUUUUACAGAACUAAGAGGAGAAAUAGCAGGACCUCCGGACACACCAUAUGAAGGAGGAAGAUACCAACUAGAAAUAAAAAUUCCGGAAACGUAUCCAUUUAAUCCCCCCAAGGUGCGGUUUAUCACCAAAAUAUGGCAUCCUAAUAUUAGCUCAGUCACUGGGGCUAUAUGUUUGGAUAUUUUAAAAGAUCAAUGGGCUGCAGCAAUGACUCUAAGAACAGUCUUGUUAUCACUGCAAGCACUCUUGGCAGCUGCAGAACCUGAUGAUCCACAGGAUGCAGUAGUGGCAAAUCAGUACAAGCAAAAUCCAGAAAUGUUUAAACAGACAGCUCGGCUUUGGGCACACGUGUAUGCUGGAGCACCAGUUUCUAGUCCAGAAUACACCAAAAAGAUAGAAAACCUUUGUGCUAUGGGCUUUGAUAGGAAUGCAGUAAUAGUGGCCUUGUCUUCAAAAUCGUGGGAUGUAGAGACAGCAACAGAACUACUUCUGAGUAACUGAGCCAUGUGUAGAGAACUGCUUCUGUAGCCCAGCUUGCCCCUUCUUGAGGAGCGUCACCAUCUCUUAUUUUUAGGUUUCUAUAUAGAUUCUCUUUUAAAACUGGCACUCUUGCCUGAUGCUAUCUAGGCACUAUUGGAGACUGAAAAGAACGGCUCUGUAAAUAAAGCUGAUUAAAUGUCUGUGUAAAUUUACAAAGGGGAGGGGGGAAAUACUUUAAUUUUUUCUUACUAAAUAUUGUAAAUUCCUUGAGCUUGGCUAAAACAAUGGGGAUGACAUGCCUAUUUUAGUGUUAGCAGUGUGACCAAGACUAGCAGGAAUUUGCAUCCAGAUUUUGACUUUUAAGAAUUUAUUCAGAACACAUCUGAUUGUGUCCAUAAUCAUCAGUCGUUGAUGUCACUCAUCCCAGCUACCUUACCAUUUUUUAAACAUGGAUCCUAUGUGCCUGUGGACUGACCUUAUAUUUGCAUGCUUGUACUUUACACUUAAAAAAGAAGUAGGGUAAAUUGAACAGAGCACCAUUUGAGGUAUUCAUUCUUGUAACUUUUUUUCUAAGAUUUUCCAAAUGUGCUCAUAGAUUAAAAUGGUAACCUACUCAAAACUGUUUUCACCAUCUAAAGAGUAGCAAUCCUGUAUAUUUUUCUUUCCCCCAGUUCCUCCUCAGGUGCACACACAACUACAGUAUCACACUAGGAUCUCCAGAAUUUGUGGGUAUGUGCCAUUUAAAGUAGCCUAGUUUUCCACUUCAGGUGGUAUAUUUUGAAUAACCAGUAAAAAGUGUUUCAACCAUUGUACUUUCUACACAAUUGUAUAAAGGUUUGGUAUAUUUGGACAUAGCACAAACAAGUGGAGCUGCUCUUGUUUCUUAUGCAGAAAUCAAACCUAUUUCAAUAAAUUCUGGAUAGAAUGAAUUUACUGAGAAGAACUGGUUCUCUGUUAACACCGAGAAUGCCAUCUUUUUCCUCUAGUAUUUGCUGUGAUGCAAUCACUUUUGGGGCAGCAUUGUCCUAGUUUUAUUUUGGAUGUAGCUUUAAGUAGAGGUUGCUUAUGGAGAGUUUUAAAAGUUCCUCUUGUGUUCAUUUUCCCUUGCUGACACUUGGGAAGUUUAGUUGUUUUUUAACUGUACAUAAGAUAACAUGCCAUUAGAAGUUUCUUCUGGGCUGAUGUUUCUGUUGAAAACAAUUGUACAUAUAGCCAAUCUUUCUAUUUAUUAUGAGAGAACUAGAAGGUCCCAUUCGGUUUUAUAAGUCCAAAUACUCCUAACUUUGUUAUAAGUUAGUAUCAUUGCAUAAAGAGUUCCAUCUGAGCAAAAUGCAGUGAUGUAUCGAAUUGUGGGAAUGAAAUCUGCAAAGUUGUCUCCCUCCCUCUUAGCCUUCUGUACUUAUAAGUAGGAAUGUUUACAUCAGUUCAUUUAAAAAAAUUGAGCAGACAGUGGUACCAAGGCCUGAAUUCAACCAUUUGACCUAAAAAGAAUACCAGUUAAGAGUGCACCAAUUAAUGGUAACUUGGUAGUGCAACACUACCUAAAUUCCAUUAUUGCAAAGGAUGUGCUCUAAUUGAGCGUAACCAUUGAAUUCAGGACUAAAUCACAUUUGUUAAUUGGUCAAGCUACAUAACUGCUGAGACUCUGAAACAAAGUAGAGCAAUAGGAAAGUUGGGUGUGACCUUGUUAAUGCAGGGUUCUGUUCUGCCAUAUAUAUGAGCAAUCUUUAAUAUCAAUUUAUUUGCAACACAGGUAGAAAGACGUUGUAAUUUGUAUCUGUGCAAUAUGGAACACUAAACUUUUCACAUCCUAUUUAUGUGGUGAUGUGGUUUAUCUUGCAGUCAUGUAAAUCACCUUCAGAUGCCAAAGGGAAAUGUGGUUUGUUUAUUUGUUUACUUAACCUGAUAUUUAUUUUUUCAAAAACAAGCUGCUGCUGCUGCUCAACCAAGUUUUUUUGUUAAGUAAUCGCCAGGACCAACAUAACUGGCAAUCUGCAAUUUGUGUUUGUAUCUUUUUAAAAAAAUCUAUAUUUUGUGAGUUUUCAUCUACAGCAUUGUUUACCCUGGCGGUAAUAGUGUAAAUGGCUGCUAGACUACAUUUUCCUUGUUCUUUGCAACUUAUCAAAGGAAAGAGUUUAAAAGUAACUAGAUGGAAAGCAAAGGCAUUUUUCCCAUCUAGAUAACCUUUCUAGCAAAGCUUUCAAUGAUUGUGUCAAAUUAUACUAGUGAGGCUUUGAACACAGGAGAAAAGGCUUAGGCUAAACAUGUCGUUUCAAUUUUUCUUGGCUACUUGCUCAGUACAGAACUUUUUUAUUGUGUGUAUGUGUGUAUGUAAAAUGAAUUCACAUAUGACUACAGGUGGUAGGUUUUCCUUCUAUGGUUAUAGUGUAAAGACAGUGAGUGGGUCUGCCAUUGCACCAGAGAGAGUGGAGUAAGUAAGGAAGUACAAAUGUGAGUAAGAAUUAUUAACUAAGGUUGCAAGUGACUGGUAUUGGAUAUAUGUGUAACAGUGGACAGAUAAUGGAGCUGAGCAGGUUUAAAAUCCUGCCAGGAUCAAUCCAAUUGCAGAUGAGCUUUACCCUGUCAAUGAGAACUACUCACUGGAUUUUAAUUUGCUUCUUCGUUCUUCUUUAGCAUUAUGGACGAUCCCCCUUCUUAUUGGGGCCUGUACAUUCAUGGUGGAGGAUCUGCUGCACAAUUCACAUAUUCUAUGUUCCAUGUAAUUGGUUCUGUAAUAUCUGACAGUUUUAAAGCUGAUCCUGCACUGAACAGAGACUGGAGUAGAUGACUUUCAUAGUUGUUGGCAGUUUGUGAUUAUGCAAGAUGCUUGUUUCUGGAAACUGGAAAUAGCCAGUAUAUAUUAAAGAAAUCAACAUGGCUGAA